ACCCACGACGCACCUGCCAGUGCUUCCUCACCAUCUCAAGCCAGAUCUUGAGAGGAGAAGAGGAAGAGCCGCGGAGUGAGAGAUGGCUACUUCCUCCUCCGUGAGCGCCGCCAAAGGCCUUGUCGGCGUCGCUGUCUCCAGUCAUGGUGCCAGCUCCGCCUCCUACGCCGACUGCCUCGCUCUCCCCAGCGGGUUGGCCCUCAGCUCCCUCGCCGGCCUCUCCCUUUCGUCCGCCCCCUCCUCGCGCUUCCUGCAGCAACGUCGGUGGUCGCAUCAGCUGCGUCGCCGUGCGGCGCCCGCCAGGGCAGCGGCGGUGGAGACCGUGGAGGCCGCCACCGCGGAGGCCCUCGUCGAGAAGUCCGUCAACACCAUCCGGUUCCUCGCCAUCGAUGCCGUCGAGAAGGCUAACUCCGGCCACCCGGGCCUCCCUAUGGGGUGCGCUCCCAUGGGCCACAUCUUGUACGACGACGUCAUGAGGUACAACCCCAAGAACCCCUACUGGUUCAAUCGCGACCGCUUCGUGCUCUCCGCCGGCCAUGGCUGCAUGCUUCAGUACGCCCUGCUCCACCUUGCCGGCUACGACAGCGUCAAGAUCGAAGACAUACAGCAAUUCCGGCAAUGGGGAAGCAGGACACCUGGUCAUCCUGAAAACUUUGAAACACCUGGAGUUGAAGUCACUACUGGCCCACUUGGUCAGGGUGUUGCAAAUGCUGUUGGAUUGGCACUUGCCGAGAGACACUUGGCCGCCCGUUUCAAUAAGCCUGACAACGAGAUUGUCGACCAUUACACAUAUGUUAUCCUUGGAGAUGGUUGCCAAAUGGAGGGCAUUGCAAAUGAAGCUUGCUCUCUUGCUGGGCACUGGGGUCUGGGAAAACUUAUCGCAUUUUACGAUGACAACCACAUCUCUAUUGAUGGAGACACGGAGAUUGCAUUUACUGAAGAUGUUAGCGCUCGCUUUGAGGCUCUUGGAUGGCAUACUAUCUGGGUGAAGAACGGUAACACUGGCUACACUGAUAUUCGUGCUGCCAUUAAGGAUGCAAAGGCGAUUAAAGACAAGCCGACACUUAUCAAGGUCACGACUACCAUCGGAUAUGGAUCACCAAACAAGGCAAACUCGUACAGUGUACAUGGAAGUGCAUUGGGUGCCAAGGAAGUUGAUGCAACCAGGCAGAAUCUUGGAUGGCCAUAUGAGCCUUUCCAUGUGCCUGAGGAUGUCAAGAGUCAUUGGAGCCGCCAUGUUCCUGAAGGUGCUGCUCUUGAAGCUGAGUGGAAUGCCAAGUUUGCAGUAUAUGAGAAUAAGUAUAAGGAGGAUGCUGCAGAGCUGAAAGCUAUCAUAUCAGGAGAAUUUCCUGCUGGAUGGGAGAAAGCUCUUCCGAUAUAUACCGUGGAAAGUCCUGCAGAUGCUACGAGAAAUUUAUCACAACAGAACUUGAAUGCACUUGUGAAAGUGCUACCAGGACUUCUUGGUGGUAGUGCUGACCUUGCAUCCUCCAACAUGACACUGCUGAAGAUGUUUGGUGACUUCCAAAAAGGCACACCCAAGGAGCGAAAUGUCCGUUUUGGUGUUAGGGAACAUGGGAUGGGCGCCAUCUGCAAUGGCAUUGCUCUCCACAGCCCUGGCCUUCUCCCUUACUGUGCUACUUUCUUUGUCUUUACUGACUACAUGAGAGCGGCCAUGAGGAUCUCGGCAUUGUGUGAGGCAGGAGUCAUCUAUGUCAUGACACAUGAUUCUAUUGGUCUUGGAGAAGAUGGCCCUACCCAUCAGCCAAUUGAACAUCUGAUAAGCUUCCGAGCCAUGCCCAACAUUCUUAUGCUCAGGCCUGCUGAUGGCAAUGAGACUGCUGGGGCAUACAAGGUUGCAGUGCUCAACAGGAAGAGGCCGUCAGUCCUUGCCCUCUCCCGUCAGAAGCUUCCUCAGCUUGCAGGAACAUCAAUUGAAGGAGUUGAGAAGGGAGGAUAUAUCAUAUCAGAUAAUUCCUCUGGCAACAAACCAGAUCUGAUUUUGAUAGGCACUGGUUCAGAACUGGAGAUUGCAGCAAAGGCUGCAGAUGAGCUGAGGAAAGAGGGGAAAGCGGUACGUGUGGUAUCCCUUGUUUGUUGGGAGUUGUUUGAUGAGCAAUCGGAUGAAUUCAAGGAAAGCGUCUUCCCUGCUGCUGUCACUGCUAGGGUUAGUAUUGAAGCAGGGGCCACACUUGGAUGGGGAAAAUACAUUGGGAGCAAAGGCAAGGCAAUUGGGAUCGACCGGUUUGGAGCAAGUGCACCGGCUGGGAGAAUAUACAAGGAGUUUGGCAUAACAGCAGAGAGUAUCAUCGCAGCAGCCAAAUCUCUAUAAGACGAAGUUGUUCAACGCUGCUCUGUCACCUGUGAUUACAAAGGGAAAUUAGAUUUCGGUGCCCUCGUGAGUUUGAUGACACUAUAGCAAAAGAAACCUGCUUAAGAGAUUGAAAUCUGGCUUUUGGCCCAUAAUAAAGUUCUCGAAUGUCUUUGAGCAUGUUCUUCUUCAUGAUUGAUGAAGUUGUCUUCAUCAGAUUUAUUUGAUUGUUCGACAAACUGUAUUUUCUGCUAUUUAUUUUGAAGCUUGGAACUCUUUUCAAAGUAGUUUCUUUAGUUGGGAAAUGUUCUUUCUGCUCUCUUCUUCCA